AUGCACGCUUCUCUUCUGCCUCUCUUUGCCGCUCUGGCGGCCGCGUCUCCGUCUAACCUUCAGAUGGCCCUGAAGCAGGCGCUCCAGACGAUCCCCCAGGGCUGGGAAGUCCACUCUGAUGCGCCCGCCGACCAGAAGAUCGACCUGCACAUCGGUAUCAAGGAGCAGAACCUGGACGAACUCCAGAAGCGCGUCCUGGAAAUGAGCACUCCCGGUCACGCCGAUUACGGCAAGCACAUGACCAAGGACGAGGUUGAAGCCUUAACCUCCCCUACCAAGGAGACCCUGCAGUCCGUUACCUCGUGGCUUUCGUCCCACGGCAUCGAGGCCGGCUCCGUCACCAACGGCCUGAUGCCCAUCACCGUUACCGUCUCCAAGGCUGAGCAGAUGCUCGGCACCAAGUACAAGGUCUACCACCACGCUGCCGACGACAAGUACACCAUCCGUACUACUCAGUACAGCCUCCCCCAGGCCGUGCACUCCGAGGUCACCAUGAUCCAGCCUACCACCAUGUUCAGCGACAUGGGCAUGAUCAACCGUCAGGUCACCGCUUCCACAAGCGCCGCCAAGGCCACCAAGCGAUCCAAGGCCAAGAGGUCUGGGUGCGAUGGCAGCAGCGUCACCCCGGCCUGCCUCCGUGACCUGUACGAUAUCAACUACACCCCUAGCAGCAGCAAGUCACUUCUCGGUGUCUGCGGCUACCUUGAGGAAGUGGCCAGCCAGUCCGACCUGAGCACUUUCCUUAAGAAGAACAGCAUCACCAACGCCGGCAAGCUGUCGAUUGAGCUGGUCAACAAUGGGUCCAACAGUGGCUCCGGCACCACCGAGGCCGACCUUGAUAUUGAGUACACUGUCGGCCUGAGCGCUGGCAUCAACAACGUCUUCUACUCCACCGGCGGCCGCCCUCCCUGGAACCCGGACUCUGGCAGCGACCCCAACAAGAACACCAACGAGCCCUACCUGGACUGGCUCAACUACAUGCUUAACAAGACGGACAUUCCCCAGACCAUCUCUUCUUCCUACGGUGAUGAUGAGCAGACUGUCCCCAAGGACUACGCUGACAAUGUCUGCAACCUGUUCAUGAAGCUGGGUGCUCGCGGUGUCAGCUUCCUGUGCAGCUCCGGUGACGGUGGUGUCUCCGGCGGUCAGCCUACCAACUGCCAGGCCAACGACGGCUCCGGUGCCACCAAGUUCCUACCCACAUUCCCUGCCAGCUGCCCCUGGGUCACCGCCGUCGGUGGAACCACCGGCACGCCCGAGAGCGCCGCUGACCUCUCCUCGGGCGGCUUCUCCGAGUACUACGCCGCCCCUGACUACCAGUCGUCUGCUACCUCUGGCUAUGUUUCCAGCAUCGGUGACCAGUACUCUGGCAUGUACAACCCCAAGGGCCGUGGUAUCCCGGACGUUUCCGCCCAGGCUCUCAACUUCCAGACUGUCAUCGCCGGCCGUAACUCGCUCACCAGCGGCACCAGCGCAUCUUGCCCGACCUUUGCCGCCAUUAUCUCUCUGCUGAACGACUACCGCCUGUCUCAGGGUCAGUCUCCCCUGGGUUUCCUCAACCCCUGGCUGUACAGCAAUGCUACUUCUGGCCUCAACGACAUUACCUCAGGUAGCAACCCUGGCUGCCAAACUCAGGGCUUCUCUGCUUCCACCGGCUGGGACCCCGUCACUGGUCUUGGUACUCCCGACCUGGGCAAGCUGCUCAAGCUUGUCUAA